UUGUAUCAGGAGCUUCCAGUAAGGAAACUCCCUCUAUCAAGACAGAUCUGCAUCUGUUCUGCAAGUUAUAUUGUUUGAGAGUUGCUUGAGGGUUUUGAUAAUUAACUUGCUUAUGGUAACCUUGGUAAUAUACAUCAGAGAUGAGAGCAACAACCAGAUACUCAUAGAAAAGGCAUCUGUGAGAGAUCAUUGGCUUCUCCUUGGUGAAGGCGAGAUACAUGGCAGCCAAGUGCGAGUUGCCAAACUUGUGGGUCCAGAUGAAGAAGAGAACCCAAAAGCCUUUGAAGACUAUAAAAAGUUUGUCAGGCUUACAGGAUUCAAUGAAGAUAAAAUCAAAAUCCCUGGACAAGUUGAGGCUUGCACCCCGGAACAUGAUUAAGGAGAAGGUGAUUCUCUUCAACCUUAGAAUCAAUGCUGUCCAGGAAAUCCCAGUCAUAUCCUUAAAUACCAAGGUGUUCCUAGUGCCUGGUUGCUACAUAAACUUCUCCUUUUCAUCCUUAAUCUCUUUCUUCAACUUUUAGU